AAAGUAAGUACUAGUGGCCUCCCGCCUACUCAAGAAGAGAAAAACGGAAGGACAUAGAGUUAGAGUGGGAGUUUAGAAGCAGAAGGAAGCUAUGGCGUCAGUGAGAGUUGACUCGGAGGUGACUCGGAUAAUGAUCGGUGUGAACGAGUCAAGCAUCAAAGGAUAUCCACAUGCUUCAAUUAGUAGCAAAUCAGCAUUUGAAUGGACUCUGAACAAGAUCAUUCGCUCCAAUACCUCCGGUUUUAAGCUCCUUUUUCUCCAUGUUCAAGUUCCUGAUGAAGACGGUUUUGAUGAUGUUGAUAGUAUAUACGCCUCACCACAAGAUUUUAGAGAUGCAAAUCGUAAAGACAAGAUUAAUGGAUCUCAUUUGCUGGAGUACUUUGUGAACAGAUGUCAUGAUAUAGGGGUUGUUUGUGAAGCAUGGGUGAAGAGGGGUGAUGCCAAAGAAGUAAUCUGCCAUGAGGUCAAAAGAGUCAAACCAGACCUCCUUGUAGUUGGAAACAGAGGUCUUGGACCCUUCCAGAGGGUAUUUGUGGGAACUGUGAGUGAAUUCUGUGUGAAGCACUGUGAAUGUCCAGUUGUAACAAUCAAACGCAGUGCAGAAGAGACCCCUAAUGAUCCUGUAGAUGAUUGAUUGUUCCUCUAAAAGCUACUAUUAAUAAUGUAAAAUCUUCUCUACAACCCUCUUUCCUGGUUUGUCUUUUUUAAUGGAGAUUUAGCUGUGUGUAUCUGUAAGACCUAUGAGUUCCUUUUUUCUAGUUAAGUUGUUAUACAACUAUGUUUUCAA